GGCAUCACAAUCUUUUUUCUUGCCAGAUAUUUUCAUCUUUUCCCUUCAUUAACACAAAUCUUACAAAACAUCUCCUCCACGUUACACAUUGCCUUUCUGCCUCCUCCUUUUUUCCCUCUUUAAAUUCUCAAAUAUUGCUCCACUUUUUUAUCUGGUUCAUAACUGCAUUUGUCUAUGGUUUAAUUGAAUUAAUUACACUUUGUGCUGUACCUGUCAAUUAAGGUACAGUUUCUGUUUUCGUAUCAAUUUUUUGGGAUUUUGGGUCUGGUUUAGAGAAACGGUUAUGGAUCGAGAAGGAGGAUCCGCUGGAUCUUGUUACUAUUCAGUUCUCGGGAUUCGUAAGGAUGCCUCCUGCUCCGACAUUCGCUCAGCUUAUCGCAAGCUAGCUAUGAAAUGGCACCCGGAUAGGUGGGCGAAGAAUCCGUCGGUGGCCGGAGAAGCUAAACGCCGCUUUCAGAAAAUCCAAGAGGCCUACUCAGUUCUCUCCGAUGAAGACAAGAGGUCAAUGUACGACGCCGGUUUCCUUGAUCUGCUUGAGGAAGAUGAAGGGAUGGGUGAUUUCCUGCACGAUUUGAUGAACAGAAUGGAUCAAAAUGUUGGGGCGGCGGAGGAGAGUCUAGAGGAUCUACAGAGAACGUUUGUGGAGAUGUUCGGUGGAGAUUUUGCAAGGAUGAUGGAUGAUGAAAAUCCAACGGCUAUGAAGAGGGCACGUGAUGUAGGUUGCAGCACAAGUGCUGCUCCAAAACGCAAUUCCGCUAAUUUCAAUGCCAAUAGCACCUCUUAUAACUGUCAAUUUUAAGCUAAAGAUAGUGAAGGUGGUCCCUACCCACCCAGCCCCUCUUUGAAUUACCUGUAACAACCCUUUGAUGUUGAUUCUGUGGGCUGGAUUAGAUGAAUCAUGGAGGAAUUAACUUCUUUAUUGGUGGUCAAAAGAACUUUUUUAGACAUUUAUGAUUUCUAAGGAAGUUGUUUGAAAAAGCUGUUGAAGUGUCGGGGGAUGUUGAGUUGCGUAAUAAAGCUUUCCUUUGCUAAAGCAUCUUUUUGUGGCUCCCCUAAAAUAUCUUCCCGUGUUAUUAUUCUCACAAAUUUGAUAUUUGUAAUUUUCUGAAGCGCCUCUAAUUAUUGCUUGUUUUGCCUUGCGAUUAAACCUUUUACUAGGGUCAAUUUUAUUGUUGGUCUCUUGUGAACUCAAAAUCCAGCUUGUUAACCUUGGUCAACCUUUUUAUUGUAUUGUUGAGCUCUUUUUAACUCAAGUUUCAGCUGGAAAUGAUGAAUAACAUCCGAUUUGGCUAA